GAGUGGCACGAGCGAUGAGGAUAUGGUGGAAAUUGCCGGAGCCACGCUGGACUUUUCCAGCACAGAUGAUGUGCCUCCGUUAGAUCGCGACUACAACUCAGGUGGUUAUGUGUACAGUGGGGGAGGGGGCGGGCAGAAUGGGGUGCCCAAAUUGAUGGACCUGCUGGAGGAGCCGGUGCCAGGCGUUGGCACGUACGAGGACUUCAACACCAUCGACUGGGUCCGGGAAAAAUCCAAAGAUCGCGACCGUCACAGAGAGAUUGCCAGUCAGAGUAAAGAGUCGACCUGGGCGCUGGUGAAGAGUAUCAGUGAUGCUUUCUCAGGCUGGCUUCUCAUGCUGCUGGUUGGACUCAUGUCAGGCGCCCUGGCUGGAGGAAUAGACAUCUCUGCUCACUGGAUGACCGAUCUGAAGGAGGGAGUGUGUCUGAGAGGCUUCUGGUUCAACCACGAGCACUGCUGCUGGACUUCCAACGAGACCACCUUCCAGGAGAGGGACAAGUGCCCCGACUGGAAGAGCUGGGCCGAGUUAAUGAUCGGCACCAACGAGGGCCCCUUUGCCUACAUCAUGAAUUAUCUGAUGUAUGUGUGCUGGGCUCUGCUCUUUGCUUUUCUGGCUGUAACUCUGGUGAGAGCCUUUGCCCCCUACGCCUGCGGAUCUGGAAUUCCAGAGAUUAAAACCAUCCUGAGUGGAUUUAUAAUCCGUGGAUACCUGGGGAAGUGGACGUUGAUCAUUAAGACCAUCACUCUGGUGUUGGCCGUGUCCUCCGGCCUCAGCCUGGGCAAAGAGGGGCCACUGGUUCACGUCGCCUGUUGCUGCGGCAACAUCCUUUGCCACCUCUUCACUAAGUACCGCAAGAACGAAGCCAAGAGACGAGAGGUGUUGUCGGCUGCAGCAGCUGUUGGUGUGUCUGUUGCUUUCGGUGCUCCUAUUGGAGGGGUGCUCUUCAGUCUGGAGGAGGUGAGUUACUAUUUCCCUCUGAAGACGCUUUGGCGUUCGUUCUUCGCCGCUCUGGUCGCGGCCUUCACGCUCCGUUCCAUCAAUCCGUUCGGGAACAGUCGCCUGGUGCUGUUUUACGUGGAGUUCCACACGCCUUGGCACCUCGUCGAGCUGGUGCCCUUUAUUUUGCUGGGCAUCUUCGGUGGCAUCUGGGGUGCCUUCUUCAUCCGCGCCAACAUCGCCUGGUGCCGCCGCCGCAAGACAACGCGCCUCGGGCACUACCCCGUCUUGGAAGUUCUCAUGGUUACCGCGGUGACGGCCAUCCUGGCGUUCCCCAACAGCUACACGCGGAUGAGCACCAGUGAACUGAUCUCUGAACUCUUCAACGACUGCGGCCUGCUCGACUCUUCGCAGCUGUGCAAUUACGAAAACGCCACCGCUGCCAAGAGCAGCAGCAACGCUCUCCCCGAUAGGCCGGCCGGACACGACGUGUACACUGCCAUGUGGCAGCUGGCCCUCGCUUUGAUUUUCAAGAUGCUUAUCACCGUGGUAACCUUUGGCAUGAAGGUGCCCUCGGGUCUGUUUAUUCCCAGUAUGGCAGUGGGCGCGAUCGCGGGCAGGCUGCUAGGAGUGGGCAUGGAGCAGUUGGCAUACUACAACCACGACUGGGUCAUAUUCAGAAGCUGGUGCUCCGCGGGCGCAGACUGCAUCACACCGGGGCUGUACGCCAUGGUGGGGGCCGCAGCCUGCUUAGGCGGCGUAACUCGAAUGACCGUCUCCCUGGUGGUCAUCAUGUUCGAGCUGACCGGUGGACUGGAGUACAUUGUACCCCUGAUGGCGGCCACCAUGACCAGUAAGUGGGUGGCAGACGCCCUGGGGCGGGAGGGGAUCUAUGAGGCCCAUAUCCGCCUCAACGGGUACCCUUUCCUGGAGCCCAAAGAGGAGUUCAGCCACAAGACGCUGGCCAUGGACGUGAUGCGGCCACGCCGUAGCGACCCGCCGCUGUCGGUCCUCACUCAGGAUGGCAUGAGCGUGGAGGAGGUGGAGACCCUCAUCGCCGACACCUCCUACAGCGGCUUUCCUGUGGUGGUGUCGCACGAGUCCCAGAGACUGGUGGGUUUCGUGCUGCGCCGGGACCUGGUCAUCUCCAUCGAAAAUGCACGACAGCGCCAAGAAGGUGUCGUCAGCACGUCGAAGAUCUUCUUCACCGAGUACACUCCGCCACAGCCCCCCACCAGCCCUCCGCCGCUGAAGCUGCGCGGCAUAAUGGACCUCAGCCCCUUCACCGUCACCGACCACACCGCCAUGGACAUCGUCGUCGAUAUCUUCCGCAAGCUCGGCCUGCGCCAGUGUCUGGUCACGCACAACGGCCGUUUGCUGGGCAUCAUCACAAAGAAAGACAUUCUCAAACACAUGGCUCAGAUGGCCAACCGCGACCCCGACUCCAUCCUCUUCAACUGACCCUCUUUGUUAGCACGGUCCGACGCGCGUCAGCCUGGUCUGAGCGAAGCUACCUGUUACCAGAGGGGAUCUUCCCAGGACGAACUGGCUGGCGGAGCGUUUUUGUACCACGGUACUUUCAUCGCUGGGAAAGAGUCCACUCCACACCGUGGUGGUGGCGGUGGCCAUUUUGUAGCACCUAGCCAUGGCUUUUAGACUACAAUUUUUUUUCCUUUUUUUUUUUUGUUGUUGUUGUCUGGCAGGACAAUUAUUGCACCUCCCUGUGCAGAUGAAUCUCCAGGUUGGGUCUGGGGUCAAGCCAAGAUUUUGCAGAACUCCAACAUUUGACAAAUCGAGCUGUUCAUUUUUUUUUUUUUUUUCCUUUUUUAAAUGGAAACACAGACACUAAAUCUCUUACAAUCAUGACAUGUUCAGUGUUGUCCCGUCCGUAAAAUUCAUUCCGUAAAUCCUGCAAAAUGAGGAAAAUCACAUCCACGGUUUCCACUGGAAUUGUGGUCUGGGUCCUAUUACAGUAUGUAUUAUGGACGAUAUUAUGGAAGGAAGCGUGUGUGUGUGUGAGUGUGAGUGUGUGUGUGUGUGUCUUUGGGACAUGCAUUGGUAAAGAUAUUAUAAGCUCUCUCUUAACCUAAGGGCAUAAACCAUAAACCAUUGUAGCAAUUGAGAAGACUCAAUUUUUUUUUUUUUUUUUUUUUUAAAGGGGACACGGUCACAUUUUCACUUCUUUACAAACAAGCACUUUUUAAACGGCUCCUACAUGUUAAAGAAACGCACCAGCUAGUCCUUAAGUAGACAGUCACAGACCCUUUUAGGCCUAAAGACUGAAUAAUUCACUCUGUCUUCUUUUCACUUAUUAACAUGUGUGUGUCAUCUCUCAUUUUCUCACUUUAUCGCAGUUACUGGCAGUUGGACUUACAGUGUCGCUUAAGGCAUGUCUUAUUUAAAUAGAGUCUGAUUAUAACCAGGUUGCUUUGUAAUCGUUAUGAAAACAAGCAAAAAUGAGGUUCAGAGUCAUGAAAUAUGUAUUUAAUAAUCCAUCUUUCCAAGUUCCUCCUGCUGCGUUGGCACGUUUGUUCCCUUGGCAUUCCUUCAACUCGACAUUUGUCGUUGUUUCCGUACAGGUUGGUCUGUUGCGAAUCCGUUUUUUGCAAAUGACAAAAUUUUUGUUCCACGAAGAGAGAGAAAAUUGUAAUUUGAAAAUUGACAUUGUAAUGGUCACUUUUGUAAAAAAAAAAAAAAAAAAAUUUGUUGAAUACUCCUCCCUGAGUGUUUCUCCUGUAUUCAUAUUUUGUGAAAUCGGUGAGUAUGUGAGGCAAAGCCCUUUUAAUCUUAAACUCCCAAACUGAUCUGUUUGUAGAGCCCGGUGAAAUCUAGCAUUUUGGUGCGGGUGGGGGUUGACCGAGUGUUGUUGUCUGCCACCAGAGGGCGCUGCUACGCACAGCAUCUUAACAUUUAUUUCUGAAGGUACUGCAGCCUGUAUCAAUUUAAUCUGCCACAAAUGCAUGAAAUGUGGAGCAAUUCAAAGCUAUGCAUCCUCUGUAUGUAUCAGAUGUUUUCCUGUGAUUAACAGUUUAUGUAUUAUACGACAUGUACAUUUCUCACCAGGUUUUUUAAGAACCUCACUUUGCAACUCCCUCAGAAGCAAAGCCCUAAGUCUUACGCAUGAAAGAAGCAUUUGAUCGAAAGAGCUAUUGUGAAAA